GCGGCCGCCGGUGUUUGCGGGUCGCAAGGAGCGGGGCCUGGCGGGUGGGGUGUGUCGCGAUGCCGGAGCUGGCGGUGCAGAAGGUGGUAGUUCACCCCCUGGUGCUGCUCAGUGUGGUGGAUCAUUUCAACCGAAUAGGCAAGGUUGGAAACCAGAAGCGUGUUGUUGGUGUGCUUUUGGGGUCAUGGCAAAAGAAAGUACUCGACGUAUCCAACAGUUUUGCAGUCCCUUUUGAUGAAGAUGACAAAGAUGAUUCUGUCUGGUUUUUAGACCAUGACUAUUUGGAAAACAUGUAUGGAAUGUUUAAGAAGGUCAAUGCCAGAGAAAGAAUAGUUGGGUGGUACCACACAGGCCCUAAACUACACAAGAAUGACAUCGCCAUUAACGAACUCAUGAAAAGAUACUGCCCUAACUCAGUACUGGUCAUCAUUGACGUGAAGCCAAAGGACCUGGGACUGCCCACAGAAGCAUAUAUUUCAGUGGAAGAAGUCCAUGAUGAUGGAACUCCAACCUCAAAAACAUUUGAGCAUGUGACCAGUGAAAUUGGAGCCGAGGAAGCCGAGGAAGUUGGAGUCGAGCACUUGUUACGAGACAUCAAAGACACUACAGUGGGCACUCUUUCCCAGCGGAUCACAAACCAGGUCCAUGGCUUGAAGGGACUGAACUCCAAGCUUCUGGAUAUCAGGAGCUACCUGGAGAAAGUGGCCACCGGCAAGCUGCCCAUCAACCACCAGAUCAUCUACCAGCUACAGGACGUCUUCAACCUGCUGCCGGAUGUCAGCCUCCAGGAGUUUGUCAAGGCCUUUUACCUGAAGACCAACGACCAGAUGGUAGUAGUGUAUUUGGCCUCGCUGAUCCGUUCCGUGGUCGCCCUGCACAACCUCAUCAACAACAAGAUUGCCAACCGGGAUGCAGAGAAGAAAGAAGGGCAAGAAAAAGAAGAGAGCAAAAAGGAUAGAAAAGAUGACAAAGAGAAAGAGAAGGAAAAGAGUGAUGGAAAGAAAGAAGAGAAAAAGGAGAAAAAAUAAAACA